AUGUUAUUUCGUUUAAAUUUAACUCCUGGACUUCAAUUUUUAGCUCAACAGAGUCUUGCUGAUGUAUAUCAUCAAGUUUCAUUAGCGAAAUUAUCACUGCCACAGAUUACAUUUGCGGGCCUGUCGCAUUUCCAACAUAAAGUACUUUACAUGAAUCCAGUUAAAGAUGCUCAUCUUGAUGCACUUGCACGUAUUGCUGAAAUUUGUCGAGAAACUUACGAGAAAAAUGGUAUUAUGUCAGCAGAUGCUCGUCAAUUUAAUCCACAUUUAACGUUAUUUAAACUUUCAAAAGCACCUGAUCUCUAUCGAAAAGGUGUAAGGAAAAUUGAGCAAUGUUGGUAUUCUAAAUAUAAUGAUCAUCAUUUUGGCAUAGAAAAUUUUCGAUCAAUUCAUUUAUGUAAUAUGUUGAACGAAGAACAAGAUGGUUACUAUGAAAUUUUUCAUGAAGAACAUCUUUUUAACAAUGAUUAA